AUGUCUACACAUCGUUUACAACGUUGGGCUAUAAUAUGGAUGUCAUAUCAAUUUGAGAUUCAGUAUCGUAGAACUGCAGAUCACUCAAAUGCUGAUGCCUUAUCACAUUUGUCUUGUGGACCAGAUCCUGAGUUCGACAAGUUUAAAUGUUGUCAUCAACAAGAAAAUUACGAUACACCUAUCAAUGUCGAAUUACUACAGCAGCAUUACAAAGACGAUCGCGUACUUAACCGAGUUAAAACCUUCAUUUUGGAAAGAUGGCCGUCGAAAUUGAGCAGUUGUGAUAUGGACUUGCUUCCUUUUUUUCGUCGUAAGUAUGCGUUCAUUAUUCAAAAUAACUUAGUUUAUUUGCAGUCGAACGUUACUCAAGUCGUAGUACCUAACUCGUUGCACCAGUCCGUCUUAAAACUUCUUCAUGAAGGCCAUUGGGGCGUCGUUAAGAUGAAGCAGCUUGCUAGACAACAUUGCUGGUGGCAUCAGAUAGACGAUGAUAUCGAGAAACUUGCUGCAUAA